AUGGCAUGUCCAAGAGGAAGGACAUCAUUUCUCCUUUGUUUCUUUCUGAUGAUUUGCCUCAUGGCUCAGUUGGGAGCUUCCAAUGUUGUACUCAUGGCGAACAACACUACCUUGUCGUUCGAUGACGUCGAGGCAACUUUUACUCCAGCAGUGAAAGUUUCAGGUGUAAAUGGUGUACUUUAUGUUGUGGAACCUAUGGAUGCAUGCAGUCCAUUGAGAACAAAAGCGAUCAAAGGCUCUGUCUCACCAUUUGCGUUGGUUAUAAGAGGCGGAUGCCAAUUCGAUGACAAAGUUAGAAAUGCACAGAAUGCUGGAUUCAAGGCUGCUGUAGUAUAUGACAAUGAAGACAACGGCGUCCUUGUUUCAAGUAAUGAUUCAGACAUCAUUUUUUUUUACCAUAGCAGUUACAUGUUAUCCUUUAUCAGGGAGGAGCUGAAGAAAUAUUCAGGUCAAACUGAUGCAGAGUUGUGGAUAAUAGCAACAUAUGAGAACUCAGCUUGGUCAAUCAUGGCAAUUUCAUUUAUAUCACUGCUUGCUAUGUCUGCUAUCCUAGCUGCUUGUUUCUUUUUGCGGAGACACCAGAUAAGACGGGACAGGGCUCGACUUCCCCAAGCUCGGGAGUUCCAUGGAAUGAGCAGUCAAUUAGUUAAAGCAAUGCCAAGUCUUAUUUUCACAAAAGUGCAAGAAGACAACUGUACAUCAGCAACAUGCGCCAUUUGCUUGGAAGACUACAGUGUUGGAGAAAAACUAAGAGUGCUACUUUGUCGACACAAGUUCCAUGCAGCUUGUGUGGACCUAUGGCUCACCUCCUGGAGAACAUUCUGCCCUGUAUGCAAGCGGGACGCAAAUGCUGGAACAUCAAACCCUCCUGUAUCAGAGUCUACCCCUUUGCUUUCAUCAUCUGCCAUUCCCUUACCAGAAUCAACUGCUUUGGCUUCCUUCCAGUCUACAGUAGCAGCAUCUCCCCCCAGGCCAAUCAGCGGCAUCCUUCAUCACGGGCCAUAUCCAUAA